GUUUCAGUCGUGGUCCGUGGCCCGUGUCGCGGAUCAAAAAUGUAAGUUUAUUUGUGUUACUUUACUUUCGUUUGUCUCUUUCUCUCUCUCCCUCUCUCUUUGUAACAUAUUAACGUGUGUGUGCUGUUGUUUAAGAAUCUUUUUUCAAGAUCCAAUAACGAGGACGUAACUUCGGCGGCUAUCGUUACUACUGGUGUAUUUAUCCGCUUGGCUGCCACGCCAAUGUCACAAGAAUCACGAAUAUUUUCUCUUGCAGAUAGAAAAGAGACGAAGUAGACUGUAUUAUAAACGUAUCAAGUUGCGAUGAAGGCGGUACAGGAACAACAGCAACCGGAAUCGAUAGAAUCCAACGAAUCGGUUUCCGCCUCUUCAAAUGAGUACGCCUAUCGACCAUUGACAACGAAACACCGAAGAGCCGGAAGUACCGGUACUACUGGAGACGAGGAAUACACUACAGAUGAAGAUGAACUUUAUCCGGACGAGGCCGAUUGCACGAUCGGUUCGACGUUACAUGCACCUCAUCCGAUUCUUAAAUCCGAUCUUGCAAGAGCUGCAACAGAUUUAUUUGGAUACGCGAACAAGAGGGAGGACGAGGAGGAAGAACCUACCAGUCUCUUCGACGAAGAUGACAAAUUUCUUAACAACAGUUCUAGUUUAGCCAAAUCGAAUUCGCUCUUCGUAUACAACGACAAGAUACACAGUGUUUUAACGAGGCAUCGAAGUCCGACGACAAUGAACGAAAAGAAGCCUACCGAGUCUAUCCUAAAGACGCAUGCGUACAAGUCGGAGAUUCAGGUACCUGCUACUCAGACGAUAACUAAUUUGGAUGUUAGGUUGGGCGAAGAGAAAAUAAACGAUAUUAUGGAAGAAGAUACAGCGACUAAACGGGACGAUAUUUGUUCGUCAUCGUCGAAGUCAUUGUCAACAUUAUCAUCAUCAUCAUCAUCAGAUAUAUCGUCUAGGAAAAAUGUUCAGGCUGAAACGAGAGGUAAGGAAGAAGAAAGUUCUGUAAUAAAGGAUCCAAAUGAUCAUCAUCCACCCUCGCCAACUACAGCACAAUGGGGGAGAGCCGUGGCAGAGGUGAAAGAACACGCUGUGGCUAAAUUGCAAGAGGAGUUGAAGAGAGCACACGAGGAAUUGAAAUUGAAGGAUGAAGAAGUGGGUAGGCUGUCAAGGAUUCGUCAGGACGUCGAAGCCGAAGUGGAGGAUUUAACCGCCAGUUUAUUUCAAGAAGCGCACAAGAUGGUGCAGGAGGCUAACAUGCGUCAAGCUACGGCGGAACGUCUUUUGGAGGAGAGUCGAAUGAAAGCCGAGGUUUUAGCCGCCGAAGUGACUGCAUUAAAAACUUUGGUUUUGACUUCGACACCGGCAAGGCCAAAUCCCCAUUUGCAUCCUCAGAUUGACACGAGAUGUCGUUUGAGUUCGAACGACGAAUCCCAACAAAGUCUUUUCGCUAAGAAACAUCGAAGGUCGCCGUCGCAUUUCAAUUUAAAAUACGGUCGAGAAAAUUCACCACCUGAGUCACCUGUUAAAGAACAGAGGCCAUCAUUACCGAGCGAUAGGGAAACAUUAGCCAGGGAUUGGAAGAAAGAUCGUGAAAAGGAUAGAGACAAGGAUUGUAAGGAUCUAGGAUUGGAGGUAGAUCCUAGAGUACAUACGGAGUUCCUUAGGUGGAAGGCAAAUCCUUGCGUAGAUAAGAGCGAUCCAUUUGUUGCCAGAGUGUUCAAAGAAGAUAUAGAUCUUUGUUUAGAUUUUCCUAAUAAAGAAAUUGGUUCGAGAGUACGACAAGCUGUUCUAGAUGGAAUCAUUUUCAUCGAGGCUGUCAGUGAUAAGACCAAACUUGCCUUUCCUAAAAAAUGUGCACUGCUCGAAGCAUCAAGGCAAUGCCAUUAUCGCAUGAGACUGGGUGAUCAAGAGAAUCAAUGGCAUUGUAUCUCUCAAAUUUGUCGCAACCGAAUUAUAGCGGUCUGCGAUUUUCUCAAUUAUUUACGUUACGUAGAACGAGGUCUUGUUAAAAGUUCAGUUCACGACGUAUAUUGGGAAAUUACACGGCUACGUAAAGAGAUGGUGUUCGCUCGGCUGGGUUUGGUGCUUUCAUCCUGAAGUAUUUUUCUAGGGGAAUUUCAUCUAGUCUGGAAAUAUAACGGCCGUAACGCGGACCUAGAAAAUUUUAUUCUAUUAUUUUUUUUUUUUCGACGAGGGAGGAAGAAAAAUGGCUGGAAAGAGUCCGUUAAAGGAUUUAUGUAAGAUAAUAAUAUUGAUCGUGACGUAACGAUCGAUAAUAGUUGUCUUCAUUUGACAUGGGGGAGCUGGUUAUUUUAUGAAAUCAUUCUCUCAUUUCGUGUGUCCUACUGUCUCUCUCCCCCUCUCUCUCUCUCUCUCUCUCUUUAUAUUUUACCGUCACUAUUUAGUAUAUUAGAUUGCACUUAUUGCCAAUUGGGGAAAGAGAUAAUGACAAAGCGACAAUGUAAUUGAUCCACGGGGCUGUGAAUGAUCUUUAAAAGAAAAAAGAAAAAAAGAAAACAAAGAGGCAAAAGUUAGACGUUGUCGACAAGUUCCCUACAUGACAAAUGUAUAUAAGAAAUGACGUUUUUUGAAUCUAUAUUACUUUAUACGAUUAGAAAAUAGAGAUACAUUGAAAAUGUUACGGACGUUUGUGCAAUGAGAAAAAAAAGAAAAGAAAAGAAAAGAAAAGAAAAGAAAAGAAAAAAAAA